GUGCGCUGCCGACGGAGCAUGGCGGGCCCGAGCGGCGGGGCCCGGCGGCUGCUGCUGCCACUGCUCCUGCGCUCCCACCCGUCGCCGCCGCUGCCGCCGCCGCCGCGACGCAGCAGCCCGGGGCCGCCCCGCAGGACAAGGGGCUCGGCGGCAGCGGCGGCGGGGCCGGCGCGGCUGAAAGGACCGGAGGAGCUACCGGGGCCGGGGCUGUUCCGGACUUUCGUCUGGCUCUUCCUGCGGGGCUACCUGCUGCACACGCACCGGCUCCAGCUGAUGUCCCGGCGCCUAUAUGGUCCUAUCUGGAAGUCGACCUUUGGGCAUUACGAGAACAUCAACAUUGGGAGCCCAGUGGUGCUGGAGCAGCUGCUGCGGCAGGAGGGCAAGUACCCCAUGCGGAGCGACAUGGCCCUGUGGAAGGAGCACCGGGACACCCGGCACCUGCCCUACGGACCCUUCACUGAGGAAGGGGAGCGCUGGUACCGUCUGCGGCAGGUGCUCAACAAGCGGCUGCUGAAGCCCUCGGAGGCAGUGCUGUACGCAGAUGCCAUCGGGGAGGUGGUAUCGGACCUGAUGGUGCGACUGCGGGAUGAGCGGAGCCGCAGCCCCUCAGGGGUGCUGGUGGGUGACGUGGCCAACUUGCUCUACCGCUUUGCUCUGGAAGGGAUUUCCUAUAUCCUCUUUGAAACCCGCAUUGGAUGCCUGAAGCAGCAGGUCCCUGCCGAGACCCAGCACUUCAUUGACUCCAUCAACCUCAUGUUCAAGAACUCCAUCUUUGCUACUGUCCUGCCCCGAUGGAGCCGCAAAGUGCUGCCCUUCUGGGACCGCUACCUGGACAGCUGGGACACCAUCUUCGCCUUUGGCAAGAGACUGAUUGACAGGAAAAUGGAGGAACUGGAGGGGCAGGUGGAGCGGGGCAAGGAGGUGUCUGGCUACCUAAGCUACCUGCUGGCCAGUGGCAGACUCAGCCUGGAUGAAGUCUAUGGCAGUGUGGCUGAGCUCCUGCUGGCCGGUGUAGACACGACCUCCAACACGCUGUCCUGGGCACUGUACCACCUGUCCCGGGACCCAGGCAUCCAGGAGACCCUGUACCAGGAACUGAAAGCUGUUGUGCCUGCUGACCGUUUCCCUGGUGCCGAGGAUAUCCCCAAGAUGCCAUUGCUUCGAGCUGUCAUCAAGGAGACACUGAGGGUCUACCCCGUGGUGCCCACCAAUGCCAGGGUCUUCUAUGAGAAGGACAUUGUCAUUGGAGACUACCUCUUCCCCAAGAACACCCUCUUUGUCCUGGCGCACUAUGCGAUGUCCCACGAUGAGACUUACUUCCCCGAGCCUGAGCGGUUCCUGCCCCAGCGCUGGCUCCGGGGCCAUGGCUCCCCCCACCACCCCUUCAGCUCCAUUCCCUUUGGCUACGGGGUCCGUGCCUGUGUUGGUCGCCGCAUCGCUGAGCUGGAGAUGCACCUGGCCCUUGCCAGGAUCAUCCAGGCGUUCGAGGUGCGGCCAGAUCCCCGUGGCGUGGAGGUGACGUCUGUGUCCCGCAUUGUCCUGGUGGCUGACAAGCCCAUCAACCUGGAGUUCAUUGCUCGCCCGGGGGCCCCCUGAUUGCGUGCACAUCCCCAUACCUGAGUGCCAGCUGGGGACUCCCACUGCCCCAUGAAGAGGGGCAGGAAGGCACACCCACCCCAGCACCCACCACUUGCCCAAAUUGAGCUGGGUGAUUCCCAGCCCCACUGUGGGGAAGAUGGGUGGGAUAAGGGAUGCCCCCACAUUGCCUUUAGGGCACUAGUAUCCCCCUAACCCAAAUGAGCAGGAGGGUUGGGGAACUGCUGUGCCUUUCACAUGCUACAAGGGGUUGUAUCCCACUCAUCUUCUGCCCAGCUGGGCUGCGUUGGGGACCUGGGAGCAGUGCUGGGGCAGGGGAAAGUGGGGAGGGGGCUUGCAGCCAUUUGGUGUCUCCUUCGUCCCGUCCUUGUGUAGCUGCGCGUGGAUCUGUGCCUGGAGUCAGAAUGUCUGGGUCCUUUCUGAACAGUUGGCCUUGACCUCAGCCACUUCUCUGUGCCUCACUUUCCCCCCUGCCUCCCAGGAGAGGGUCAAACACUGGCAGGGGUUUGGGGUUUGCUCCUGGUCGGAAAGGACAGAGCAAGUGGAGCACUAACACGGUGCAUCCCCAGUGCUGGGGAGGAGGCCUGUCACCGCCCAGGGCUGGCGAGCCAGCACAGGAGGGGUGUGGAGCACCCGGGAAGUUUCACUAUCAGCCGUUAUUGUUGCAUUGAGGUGUUGAUAUGGGGUCAUGAGAAUGGUGGGCAGAGCUCACUCCUGGUGAAGCAGCCUGGGGAGGAUCAGCCCAGUUCCCUUGUCCCCAGGAGGCACACAGAG